UGUUGCUGGUCGGCCCGUGGCGGCCCAGCUUGGAGCCGGCGGGGGCUGCCCCGGCAGGGCGGGGGCCAGAGCCGGGCCGGGCCGGGGCCGGAAUGCCCCUGUUCUUCUCCGCGCUCUUGGCCUUGCUGUUGGUUGCGCUCAUCGCCCUCUUCCUAGGCCGGUGGCUUGUGGUCCGGUUGGCCACCAGUUGGUGUCAGCGGAAGCUGAAGGCGGAACUAAAGAUUGGCUCCUUUUUUUGGAUACAGAAUGUUAGUCUUAAAUUUCAGCAGCACCAGCAAACAGUGGAAAUUGAUAGUCUACGGAUUUCCAGCAAACUCCUUAGCCAUGAUCUGCCACACUAUGUGGCCUUGUGCUUUGGAGAAGUGCGUAUCAGAACGGACCUCCAGAAGGUUUCUGGCCUGUUUGCCCCAUUCUCCCAGAAUGCUGGGGUACACCAAAAGGAGCUGUCCUUCAGCCCAUCCUUACUGAAGAUCUUUUGCCAGCUAUUUUCCAUUCAUGUAGAUUCUGUAAACAUCAUGGUUCUCAAGGUGGCCACUUCUGAGUCAUUGUGGCACAUUCAGAUCAGAGAUUGCAGCUUUCUUUUGGAUAGUGAUGGGAAGAGGCUGAAAUGUGGGGUGAGCCUAAGUCAGAUCAACAGCAAAGUUCUAAAGAGUGGCCAGUUGGAGGACACCUGCCUAGCAGAGCUCUCACUUGCCCUAGAGCUGUGUCUAGAGGUGGGUAUCAGCAGCUGGCAGCUGAAGGCGAUCACUGUGGAUGUGUGGACACUCCAUGCUGAACUGCACGAGGGCCUCUUCCAUAGUCAGCUGCUGCGCCAGGGCCCAGGCCUGGCACCUAAGCCUGUUCCUGGUUCAGAGGUGACAGAGAAUUUGGCUGAACCAACUCUGCCUGGCCUGUACCUCCUUCAGCAGCUGCCAGACCAGGUCAAGGUGAAGAUGGAGAUCACAAGUGUGGUGCUGUCCAUGAAUAGUCAAAAGAGGCACCUGAAUUGGACACUGAAACUGCUGCAUUUCCUGUACCACCGUGAUGAGGAUCAGCUGCCCCUUCGAAGUUUCACAGCAAACUCUGAUUUGGCACAGAUGAGCACUGAGCUCCUUCUGAAAGAUGGGUUGUUGCUGUCCCAGAGCCGCCAGCGCAUUGUCUGCCUCAACUCCCUCAAGGCUAGUGUGCAGGUGACCACCAUUGACCUCUCAGCCUCCUUAGUUCUGAACACCUGUAUUAUUCAUUACCGGCAUCAAGAAUUCUCUCACUGGCUGCACAUGCUAACACCGGAGGCCCAAGAGUCUAGUUCAUCUGUUCUUAAGCAAAGGAAGAAAAGAACCUUCCCUCAAAUCCUGGCUCCUAUCAUCUUUAGCACCUCCAUCUCCAAUGUCAAUGUUUCCAUUCAGCUUGGAGAUACACCGCCCUUUGCCUUGGGAUUCAAUUCCAUCUCUCUGGAUUACCAGCACCUGAGACCACAGAGUAUCCAUCAGCGGGGAGUCCUAACUGUGGACCACCUCUGCUGGCGGGUGGGCAGUGACUCCCACAUUCAACGGGCACCCCACCCACCCAAUAUGCAUGUUUGGGGUGAGGCGCUUGUCCUGGACUCCUUUACACUCCAGGGUAGCUAUAACCAGCCUCUGGGUCUGUCCAGCACUCAGUCAGAUACCCUCUUCCUUGAUUGUACCAUCCGAGGACUGCAGGUAGAAGCAUCAGAUACCUGUGCUCAGUGUCUUUCUCGGAUCUUGUCCUUGAUGGGCCGACAGUCUGGGCAGUCAGCUGUCCCUAGGGAAUCUUCAUUUGGAGACUUGGUCUCAUUACUGUGGAAAGUAGACUUGAAGGUGGAAGACAUGAACUUGUUCACCCUUUCUUCUCUGGUUGGUGCUUCAGAGAUCCGACUGGACACAUUGACUGUCUUGGGAAGUGCAGAAACUUCAACUGUGGGUAUUCAAGGACUUGUGCUUGCGCUGGUGAAGUCGGUCACAGAGAAGAUGCAGCCUUGUUGCAAGGCUCCUGACAUCCCCACUCCAGUGCUCAGCCUCUCCAUGCUCUCCAUCACCUACCACAGCAGCAUCCGUGCUCUAGAGGUUCAGUGUGGGGCAGGGCUGACCUUACUCUGGAGCCCCCCAGAUCACAUGUACCUAUACCAGCACGUCCUGGCCACCCUGCAGUGCCGAGACCUACUAAGAGCCACACUGUUUCCUGAGACUGUUCCACUCCUUGCAUUAGAGACUCCAGGCACUGCCUCUGAGCCAGAAGGCUGUCCCCCUGAAUCCUCUCCCCCAAAGCGGCUACUAAACCUGACACUUGAGGUGAGCACAGCCAAGCUGACAGCUUUUGUAGCUGAGAACAAGUUCAUUACCCUGGCUGCAGAGAGUGUGUCUCUGAGCCGGCACGGAGGUUCACUGCAGGCCUACUGCCCAGAGCUGGCUGCUGGCUUCGAUGGCAAUAGCAUCUUCAACUUCAAGGAGGUGGAGGUGCAGCUGCUACCUGAGCUGGAGGAGAUGAUCCUCCACAGGAACCCCUUCCCUGUGCUGCAGACCCUCCGGAACCGUGUUUGGUUCCUCUCCCUGGGUUCAGUCUCAGUGGAGUUUCCUUAUCAGUAUGAUUUCUCUCGAACUCUGGAUGAGGCCGUGGGAGUUCAGAAAUGGCUGAAGGGACUGCAUCGAGGAACUCAUGCUCAGGCUUCUCCAAGCCCUGCUCCACUCCCACCGGAUCUACUCUUGAAGGUUCAGCACUUCUCCUGGGUUUUCCUGGAUGACAUUUUUGAGGUGAAACUUCGUGAUAACUAUGAACUGAUGAAGGAUGAAAGUAAGGAGAGUGCCAAGAGGCUUCAGUUGCUGGAUGCCAAAGUGGCUGCUCUUCGGAAGCAGCAUGGGGAGUUAUUGCCUGCUCGCAAGAUCGAGGAGCUCUAUGCUUCUUUGGAACAUAAAAACAUCGAAAUCUACAUCCAGCGCUCUCGUCGUCUCUACGGCAACACACCCAUGCGCCGGGCACUGCUCACUUGGAGUCUGGCAGGGCUUGAGCUGGUUGCUCUGGCAGAUGCCUCCUUCCAUGGGCCUGAGCGUGUGGUAGAGCAGGUUCGAGAACUUGAUCCAGGCAGCCCUUUUCCUGCUGAGGGAAUGGAUCUUGUCAUUCAGUGGUGUCGUAUGCUGAAGUGCAGUGUCAAGACUUUUUUGGUUCGGAUAAGAGACUAUCCCCGGUACUUGUUUGAGAUCCGUGACUGGCGGCUGAUGGGUCGACUUGUGGGCACCGAGCAGAGUGGCCAGCCUUGCUCUCGUCGGCGUCAGAUCCUGCACCUGGGGCUCCCGUGGGGUGAUGUGGCAGUAGAGAGAAACAUGCCUCCGCUCAAGUUCUAUCACGACUUCCACUCGGAAAUCUUCCAGUACACAGUGGUAUGGGGCCCAUGUUGGGAUCCAGCUUGGACACUGAUUGGCCAAUCUGUGGACCUCUUGACCAAGCCCUCGGCUGACCCCAGCCCACCCUUGCCCUGGUGGGACAAGAGCCGUCUUCUAUUCCACGGGGACUGGCACAUGGACAUUGAACAGGCGAACCUGCACCAGCUGGCUACUGAGGAUCCGUACAACACAACUGAAAAUAUGCACUGGGAGUGGAACCACCUGUCUUUCCAUUGGAAACCUGGUCAGUUUGUGUUCAAGGGUGACUUGGAUGUCAACGUGAGAACAGCCUCUAAGUAUGACGACUGCUGCUUCCUUCACCUGCCUGACCUCUGCAUGACACUGGACCUACAGUGGCUAUGCCACGGGAACCCCCACGAUCACCAUGGUGUCACUCUGCGGGCCCCCGAGUUCCUGCCUGAGGUUCCCUUGGGUCAGCUCCAUGACUCCUACCGGGCCUUUCGUUCUGAGAACCUCAAUCUCUCCAUCAAGAUGGAUCUGACUCGGCAUAGUGGAACAAUAUCCCAGCCCCGCAUUCUGCUAUAUAGUAGCACUCUGCGCUGGAUGCAGAACUUCUGGGCAACUUGGACUAGUGUGACAAGGCCUAUCUGUAGGGGAAAGCUCUUCAAUAACCUGAAACCCAGCAAGAAGAAACUUGGCCAGCACUACAAGCAGCUUUCCUAUACUGCACUCUUCCCCCAGCUGCAGGUGCAUUACUGGGCCUCAUUUGCCCAGCAGCGUGGCAUUCAGAUUGAGUGCAGUCAGGGCCACGUCUUCACUCGGGGAACUCAGCGGCUUAUACCUCAAGCGGGCACAGUGAUGCGGCGCCUCAUCUCUGACUGGAGUGUGACCCAGAUGGUUAGUGACUUAAGUCAGGUCACUGUUUACCUGAUGGCCUCGCCCACUGAAGAGAAUGCUGACCACUGCCUUGAUCCAUUGGUAACAAAGACCCACCUACUGAGCCUUUCCUCCCUCACCUACCAACGGCACAGCAAUCGCACAGCUGAGGAGGAGCUCUCUACUCGAGUUGGGGAUCCUGCCUUUCACACACAUCAACUGCAUUUGGUAGAUUUACGGGCUUCCUGGACAACCACCAAUCGAGACAUUGCCUUUGGUUUAUAUGAUGGUUAUAAAAAGGCAGCUGUACUCAAACGUAAUCUCUCUACUGAGGCUCUGAAGGGUUUAAAGAUUGAUCCCCAAAUGCCAGCCAAAAAGCCAAAGCAGAAUGCCGGGACCAGUGCCCCAGCCCCACCUCCUGUCAGUACUCCCAGCUUUAGUGGACAGCCUGAUAAGGGGUCUUCAGGAGGCACCUACAUGUUGCAGAAGCUAAUUGAAGAGACAGAUAGGUUUGUCGUGUUCACAGAAGAGGAGUCAGGUGUGAGUGACCAGUUGUGUGGCAUUGCUGCCUGCCAAACGGAUGACAUAUAUAACCGAAACUGCCUUAUUGAGUUGGUCAACUGCCAGAUGGUUCUUCGUGGAGCAGAGACAGAAGGCUGUGUCAUUGUGUCAGCUGCCAAAGCCCAGCUGCUGCAGUGCCAACACCAUCCAGCCUGGUAUGGUGACACGUUGAAGCAAAAGACAUCCUGGACUUGCCUGUUGGAUGGCAUGCAAUACUUUGCCACCACUGAAAGCAGCCCCACUGAGCAGGAUGGCCGACAGCUCUGGUUAGAGGUAAAGAAUAUCGAGGAGCACCGGCAGCGUAGUCUGGACUCUGUGCAGGAGCUGAUGGAGAGCGGGCAGGCAGUGGGAGGCAUGGUUACUACCACCACAGAUUGGAACCAGCCAGCUGAGGCACAACAAGCCCAGCAAGUCCAGCGGAUCAUUUCCCGUUGCAACUGCCGAAUGUACUAUAUCAGUUACAGCCAUGACAUUGAUCCCGAGCUGGCAACACAGAUUAAGCCACCUGAGGUUCAUGAGAACCAGGAAAAGGAAGAUCUCCUAAAGAAACAGGAAGGGGCUGUGGAUACCUUCACCCUCAUCCAUCAUGAGCUGGAAAUCUCCACCAACCCGGCGCAGUAUGCCAUGAUCCUGGACAUUGUCAACAAUCUGCUGCUCCAUGUAGAACCCAAGCGGAAGGAGCAUAGUGAGAAGAAGCAGCGAGUCAGGUUCCAGCUUGAGAUUUCUAGCAAUCCUGAGGAGCAGCGCAGCAGCAUAUUACAUCUACAGGAAGCUGUGAGGCAGCAUGUGGCCCAGAUCCGGCAGCUGGAAAAGCAGAUGUAUUCUAUCAUGAAGUCUUUGCAGGAUGACAGCAAGAACGAGAACCUGCUUGACCUGAACCAAAAGCUUCAGUUGCAGCUAAACCAGGAGAAGGCCAACCUGCAGCUAGAAAGUGAAGAGCUGAAUAUCCUCAUCAGGUGUUUUAAGGAUUUCCAGUUACAGCAGGCCAACAAGAUGGAGCUGCGAAAGCAGCAGGAAGAUGUGAGUGUGGUCCGCCGCACUGAGUUCUACUUUGCUCAGGCAAGAUGGCGUUUGACAGAGGAAGAUGGACAGCUAGGAAUUGCUGAACUGGAGCUGCAGCGCUUCCUCUACAGCAAGGUGAAUAAGUCUGAUGACACAGCAGAACAUCUUCUGGAGUUGGGCUGGUUCACUAUGAAUAACCUCCUCCCCAAUGCUGUCUAUAAGGUAGUCCUGCGGCCCCAGAGCUCCUGCCAGUCUGGGCGACAGUUAGCACUUCGCCUCUUCAGCAAAGUCCGGCCCCCUGUUGGGGGUAUAUCUGUUAAGGAGCACUUUGAGGUAAAUGUGGUGCCUCUCACCAUCCAGCUGACACACCAGUUCUUCCAUAGAAUAAUGGGCUUUUUCUUUCCUGGCCGAAGUGUGGAAGAUGAUGAGGUUGGUGAUGAAGAAGAUAAGUCCAAACUGGUGACUACUGGAAUACCAGUGGUGAAGCCUCGGCAGCUGAUUGCAACAGAUGAUGCAGCACCACUGGGCCCUGGGAAGGGUGUGGCACAGGGCUUGAAUCGGAGUUCUGGGGUCAGAAGGUCAUUUCGCAAAGCACCUGAGCACCCUGUGGAUGAUAUUGACAAGAUGAAAGAGCGAGCUGCCAUGAACAACUCCUUCAUCUACAUUAAGAUCCCACAGGUUCCACUGUGCGUCAGCUACAAGGGUGAGAAGAACAGUGUGGACUGGGGUGAUCUUAAACUGGUGCUGCCCUGUCUGGAGUACCACAACAACACAUGGACAUGGCUAGACUUUGCCAUGGCUGUCAAGAGGGAUAGCCGCAAAGCCCUGGUUGCCCAGGUAAUCAAAGAGAAGCUAAGGCUGAAGCCUGCAACAGGGGCUGAGGUCCGGGGAAAGCUAGAAACUAAGUCGGACCUCAACAUGCAACAGCAGGAAGAGGAGGAGAAAGCCCGGCUCCUCAUCGGUUUAAGUGUGGGCAACAAGAACCCUGGGAAGAAGUCCAUCUUUGGCAGGCGCAAGUGAUCCGGCAAUCCGAGAGGCUGCAGUACAGGAUCUGACUUUGGCUCAGGCCCCAGGGACUUGGGGGGUGGGAGGUGCUUCCCUUCAUCCAUCAGGAUUUGUGGGGGUCAGGAGGCCACAGGGUCCUGUGGAGAGAGGCCCUGCUUUUUAGCAGCUGCCUUGUUCCCUGCAGAACAUGGUGGCUAAUAAUGCUGAGUUCUACCUCACACUGAUCAGCAGGCCCAGGGCAGAGAGGCAUCAAGAGAGCAAGACCCAGGAAAUGGCCCCAUGGCUAGAAUAUGGUUCCCUUGGGGUCACCUGAAAGUGUGGGGGCACAGUUCUGAUCAAGUGUGAUAAAUUUUUAUAAACAGACAUAUAUAUAUAUAUAAAGUAUAUAUAUAUACGCACAUAUAUAUAUUUCUAAGUAUAACUUCUCUCCCUCUGUGCCAGAAAGUGGAGGGGAGGGGCUGAUCUGUCUCUCACCCACUGCCUUGUAUGAAAGGGGUAUUAGUGUUCUGGGGAGAAUCAGCCUCUCCCCAGUCUGUGCCAAGCUCACUUGGGAGAAUGGCAAUAGGGGACAGGGCUGGCCAUGGGUCCCUCUCCCUGGGGUAUCCCCUGAAGAAUGGUUAAAAAAAAAAAAAAAUUUAAAGAGAAAAAAUAUAUUUUAAAUUUGAUGCUGUUUUUUUUUUUUUUUUUAAUUGUAUUGAGUGUAUGGCUUCAACCUGUAUCCUUUCCUCCCCAUCAUUCCAAGACACACUAGCUGCCACUCUAGUGAGGGUGGCCUCUCCCCUCCUGCCUGAAGCUGUAUCACAGAUACUUUCCUGAUCUGAUGUGACACUGGUCCCAUGUUGAUAGGUCUGUGCACAUUUUAGUCCUGGCUGUAAGCCUUUUCUCAACCAGUGGGGAUACGUUUGGGUGAUAAGGGUGAGAUUUGGCUGUAUGACUUGCAUCUCUAAUCAUGUACAACAAGGAAGAGAGGUGGGGCUCAUGCGCAAUACAGCAUUGGGGGAGGAAUUGCUUACAUAACUGAGACAGCAGAUUUAGUGGAAAGAGAGAGGAGGCACAGACUGGGGAUGGGAACAGUGAACUGUCGGCAGGGGCAACAUGCCCAGAUGGCUGCUCCUCGUAAGGUAGGCUGUGGGGCUGUGGCAGUCUGUUUAGAGGAGGCAUGGGCUUGAGGCCUGGGAACUGACUGGUGAUGUCUGCUGUGGGAGUGGGGCAAAGAGGUUAUACCAUGAAAGUAUCCCAGCCCCAUAUGGAGAGGCACAGGCUCAAUCUCUGAUGCCUGAUGGGGAAUAUGUCCAAAUACUGCUUUCCUAGAGAAUUCUCCUGUAUCCAGGAAAUCUAAGCCUUGGUCCAAAGCAAGAGCAAUGGCAAUUUUGCCCGGGGCUCAAAAUUACAUCUCUAGGGUUGAGAUUUGAGGGAGAGUCUGCUAAGAUGGGCAGAACCUGGAAUGCCUCAGGGGCAGAAGGUUUAGUGGCUUCCUUGGUUCUCAGCAGGGUGGCAACAUCCAGGGCCCCUGGGUCCGAGGCUGGAAGAGCCUCUGGUCAGGUGUGGGGACCACCAGGUCAGGUCUGGAAGAGCUGUGGGGACUACGAGGGCAUCGGUGCCUACACCAGGAGCCCCUGGGGCCAGCCCCCUACUAGUAGAGAAGCCUCUGCCUGAGUGGCCAGUGCCUCAGUUCAUCAACCUCUUUCUGCCAGAGUUUCCUAUGAGGCCUCUUAGGGGGCAUCAGCAGCUGAAGGUAGGUCAAUGGAAUCCUUGGAAGGGGUCUCAUUUUGGGGGAGAAAGUUAAAAACCAGAGUCUCAAUUGCUCUGUUUUCCAUUUCUCUGUACAGAUUUUAGGCCUUGUGGCUAAAGGCUCCUUUGGAACAGUCCUCAAGGUGCUAGAUUGUGAUCAGAAAGCAGUAUUUGCAGUGAAGGUAGGGACCUAGGUACUCUUCCACUUUAUUCUCUAGUCACUACCUCCGAUCUCGAUUCCAGAAAGUCUGGGAGGAAUAUAUAAUAAAUAGCACUGUUCCCCUCUAGGAGUCAUCACUCCUCUCCCUUUAUAGGUGGUGGCCAAGGCAAAGGUCCUGCAGAGGGACAUCCUGAGGCAGUGCAAAGAGGAAGUUAGCAUCCAGGUAUGCGCAAAGCCCUGGAAAGGAUCAUAGGAAGAACUAAACCACAGGUGGAAAAAGCACCUUUUUUAUCCAACUGUCCUGCUCUUCCUGAUUCUGACCUGUCCCUCUGCUUCAACCAGUAAAUCUCAGGAAAAGUAGCUAUCAGUAAUCCUAGGUCCUGCCAGGGAAAUCUCUCAACAUGUCCCAGUGUGUUCUUUAGUAAUGGGAUUAUCAGAGGCAAUCCUGACUAUUUAGUUCACCUGAACUGAGAGAUGAGACAGCAGCUUCCUUUCUGUACAACUAGAUGAAUCCUGAUUUGGCUGUCUUGAUCCUCAAUGACCGUGUUACUAACUUCCUGUUUUCUUCAUCCAUAGCGACAGAUCAACCACCCUUUUGUACACAGUUUCGGGGACAGCUGGCAGGGGAAACGGCACCUCUUCCUUAGUGAGUGAUUGGCUUCUCUCUUCUUUCCCAGGGGUCCUUCUCCCAUACGCCUCACCUGAGAUCACCCCUCCUUUUGGUUUGUUCUGCUUUUGCUAUGUUCCUCUUCUUAUAGCACUUCUCUCUCCCAGAGGGAAAGGCAACAGCAGGUGGCAUCAGUUUGGGCAGGAGGUAUACGAUGCCUUGAGCCCAGGCAUAGUAGCCCCCAAAUAUUGCCUAGACUUCUGGUGCUUUGCAGUGUGCAGUUACUGCAGCACAGAUCUGUACUCCCUGUGGUCCACUGUUGGCUGCUUUGCUGAGGCUUCCAUCCGCCUCUUUGCUGCUGAGCUGAUCCUGGUGCUGUGUAAGUGAAACAGGAGUGGUAAUGGAAAUGAGGGGAGAAUUAAGGGGGGAUGGAGGUAGAGAGAAAAGAAUUUAUAUUAACGCUGAAGGUCAAAGAACGGGGAUAGGAAUGGGACAGGAACUAACAGGGAAACCGAAAAGGACAAGAGAGCUUCAGCACAUCCUAUGCUUGCUGUCAUCCACAGGCUAUCUCCAUGACUUGGGUAUCAUCCAUCGAGAUGUGAAGAUGGAGAAUAUCCUUCUGGAUGAACGAGGCCAUCUGAAACUGACAGACUUUGGUCUGUCUCGCCACCUGCCCCAGGGAGCCCGAGCCUAUACUAUCUGUGGCAGUCUUCAGUACAUGGCCCCAGAGGUCCUGAGUGGAGGGCCUUACAACCAUGCCGCUGAUUGGUGGUCCCUGGGUGUCUUGCUUUUCUCUCUGGCAACUGGAAAGUUCCCAGUACCCGCAGAGAGAGAUCAUGUGGCCAUGUUGGCAAGUGUGACCCACUGUGACUCUGAGAUCCCAGCUUCUCUUAACCAGGGGCUCUCUCUCCUGCUUCAUGAGGUAAGGGUGAGCAUGACUUCCCUUCUUGGCUAUAAAACCAUUCACUUCUCACGCUGUCACUGAAAUGAUAUUUCCCCAUUUCUCUUAUUAAUUAUUGGUGGUGGUGGUGGUGGGGGUUCCAACUUGAUCAAGGACCACUUCACUACCUGCCUUCUAACCAGCACUUCAGAUUUUAUUCCGGGUCCUCCAGAGCUCCUCCCCACCCUUAGUUCUGAGAGUGGGCCAGUGCUGCUCUCUUGCCAAUACAGAACCUUUAGUCUUACCUUUGCCCCCAGACUAGCCUGUUUCUCCCACUUUUGCAUAUCCUCUGCUCUUUCAGGGUCUUCUCCCUGCCCUCCACAGAUCCAUGAACUUUCUCCUUUUCCAGCUUCUGUGUUCAGUCCCUUUCCUAUCCCAGUCUUUUUCCUAUCCCAGUCUCUCAUUCAUCAUGCUCUAUUUCCCUUCAGCUCUUAUGCCAGAAUCCCCUCCACCGUCUACGUUAUUUGCAUCACUUUCAGGUCCACCCUUUCUUUCGGGGUGUGGCCUUUGACCCAGAGCUCCUACAGAAGCAUCCAGUGAACUUGGUCUUGGAGACACAAGCUACCCAGUCCAGUCCAUCAUCAGAGUCCAUAUUCUUCAAGGACUUUGAAUGUAACCUGGAGUCCUACCUGGUCCACCCCAACCUUGCUUGAGCUCCUCUACAAUAGGUUUGGGUCUAUCUGGAAACCUGAGGACAUCCUCCACUGCCAACUCAGUAUGACCACCUUUGAUGAUCCAGUUUUUCUUUUUUUUUUUUUUUUUUUUUCUUUUUUUGCUGCAUCCAUGGCAUAUGGAAGUUUCUGGGCCAUGGAUUGAAUCUAAGCUGCAGCUGAGACCUAUGCCAUAGCUGUGGCAAUGCCAGAUCCUUAACCCACUGCAGCAGGAACUUGAUGUUUGUUUUUACUUUGUAGCCUCUUAUCAUUUCUGUUCUGUAGCUGCUGGACCAGAGUUCAGACUGGGCAUUCUGCUACUGGCAGCCAUAAUGCCCUGGUCCUUACCGUAUCAUACAACCCAUCUCUCAAUUCAACAUUUUAGAGUGUGGACCUUUCCUUUGCUUCAUUUCUCCAGCAUUUAUACUUUGCAGUUUUUAGCCACAAGUUUAUUCCACUUUUCCUUCCCCUUGUUUCUGUACCAUGUUUCCUUUCGUGAGCAAUAACAAUACUUAUGGGUUCCCAAGGUGCUAUUUAUGUAUUUAAUAGGCUUGUCAUAAGCAGUAUGAAUGUUUUUCAGAGGUCUCAAAAUCUGGCAUUUAAUUCAUCCCCUAAAUAUACAGGUAAAACAUAUGAUCUGGAGACUCAAAGCCAGUUUAAUUUUUUUUUUCUUUUUAUGGCUGCACCUGAGGCAAAUAGAAGUUACCAGGCCAGGGGUCACAUUGGAGCUGCAGCUGUGGCCUAUGCCACAGCCACACCAGAUCCCAGCUGCAUCUGCAACCUACUCUGCAGAUUGCUGCAAUGUCAGAUCGUAACCCAUUGAGUGAGGCUAGGGAUCAAACCUGUAUCCUCUGAGACAAUACUGGAUCCUCAACCUGCUGAGCCACAAUGGGACCUCUCCAGACUAAUUUUAAAAAAUAUUAAAAGUGAAUCUAAUAACCUACUAUGAGGAAGAGAAUAAGAAAUGAAACAUGAGUGGGUUAAAUGUCUUUUCUAGGGGUAAUUGGAAUAGCUAUCCAUGUUUUUUCCAGAAUAAAACCUCUGAAAAACGAAAUGACCUUUAAACUGAUCAUUUCCCUAGACUGCCCAGGAUUCUUUGUGAUGGGCAAACCAAGGGAUUAAGAGGCAUGACAUUUUCUUUAGUAAGAAAAAUCAUCUGGACCUUAAAUUUGUAUACAUUCCUGGAGUUCCCGUCGUGGCUCAGUGGUUAACGAAUCUGACUAGGAACCAUGAGGUUGCGGGUUUGGUCCCUGGCCUUGCUCAGUGGGUUAAGGAUCUGGCGUUUCCUUAAGUGAGCUGUGGUGUAGGUCGCAGACGCGGCUGGGAUCUCACGUUGCUGUGGCUGUGUUGUAGGCCAGAGGCUGCAGCUCCGAUUCGACCCCUAGCCUGGGAAUCUCCAUAUGCCGUGGGAGUGGCUCAAGAAAAGGCAAAAAGACCAAAAAAAAAAAAAAAAUUUGUAUACAUUUCUGACCUUUAUGAUCUUUUCAUUUUUUUUUAGACUAGGUUCUUAAAAAGUUACUUAAUUUUCAUUAUUCUUCAGUUCUAUCUGAUCUCUCAAAGAGAGUCUGGGAAGUACUCUGAGUACUAUCAGUUUGUCCUUGGAUUAGGCCAGAUUUUCCCUGUACAUAGCUGGCAUUUUACUGGCCUCUGUAGAACUGAUUUUUCUGGAUAACACUUUGGCAAUCCAUACGAAAAUCCCUAUGAAAUUUAAUUGCUGUGGAUACUGUAAAGGGUGUUUAUCAUAAUUCAUAAUGUUCUAUUUAAGGAUGCAUGGGAGAAAUUUUCUCUGAACUCAGUUAUGCUUUUCCUGAAUUGCUAAUUGUUUUUUUUUCCUUAAAGAUAGUAAAUAUUCAACUGAUUCUAUUUUUCUUUUCAUAUUGAUGCCAAGACCACUUAGAGCCCAGUUUGUGGCCCACCUCCAGCAAACGCUUAGGACCUCCUGUUAUGUUUUGUAUGCUAGCCACAUUCUUGGUUCCAUCUUCCUUUUCUACCUUUACUUAUUCUCAUUUUUCUGUUUUAGUCUUUUUUAUUUAUCUUAUUAGAUUAUCUUCAUCUUUGUAUGCCUUUUAGAAUGAGGUUGGGAUAUAAAAAAAUAAAAGAAUGCAUUC